UUCCUUGUAGAUGAAAAAAUAAAUCUGGCAUUUAAAAAUAGAUAUUUUGUGGGAAAAACUCAUAUUCAUCCAAAUUAAUCCUUUCAGUGCAACUGGGCAUUCAUAGGAAAUGCUUUUGAAUAAGUAUUAUAAUAAUGAUGCUGUCAUGGCUUCUUUCUGGAAGGGGUAAUUUCUCUAACAUCAAUCAUGUGAUGUUUUCUAGUUUAAGUAACAAAAUUAUUUCAGCUAUAUCAAGAAAGCCCAGCCUCCCAAACUCCUUGAGAAAUCCCAGAUGAUAAGGGGAUGAGCAGUGAAUUUCCUCAUUCUUAUCAGUAAGCAGCAAAGGACCAUCAUGGCUGGGAGUCAGAGUUUGCCAUUCUGGGGUGGCAUCUGUUUCAUUUUUUUCUUGAAGAUUCAAAUUUCAUCAAGUACAGGCCCAAGGCUCUAUCCACUGGGCAAACUAGCUGCCUUCAGGAGGGAAGUGGGGAGACAUGACAAAUUUUUGGUGACAACUGGGGCCUCUCCAGCUGAGGCACAGACCCCAUCUCCCACUCUUAGAUCAUCGGCUCUUUCCAUCCUCUCUGGCUCCCACUACCGCCUGAGAAAAGGGUGGACCAGAAACCGCAACCUUGUACCCCCUAUGCCUAAGCAGCAACCCUGGGUUCCUGAAUGGCUACACAGGAAGGCAGUUGCAUUAAAACAUGCCCAAUGGGUUCCCUUCAACAGCACUUCCCAUAACCCAAAGAUCACCUUGCACCUUAGGGAUAUCCAGCCCCCUCUUGAGCAGCAGGUGGAUACUAUGGGAUCAAAGUCUACUCCUCAAGAGCAACAAGCUCCUAAGGUCAUCUGGACAGCUCCAGGUGUGAUCCAUAAACCUCAAUACUGCAACAUUACCUCUUCUCAACCCCAACAAGGGCAAUUUGACAUAGAUAAAUUCUGUCUCCUUUGGAGAACUCUCCAUCGCCAGUCAAAGAAAGUGAUACCCCCACCUUCCAGGCCCAGGAAACCCCGACAUCAUCAUGGCUUGCCUUUAUGGGUUGGGAUUUAUCACAUGACAACUAUGGCUCCCCAGCACCAUCUAAUAGAGAAGGACACCAUGACAGCAUUUCUCACCCCACUGGCUUCAUCCAGAGUCAACUGACCACUACCACCACUAACAAAUAAUCCUCAACGACUGACUUCCUCAAGAGUCACUCUGCAUUAUUCCAACCCCUGCCCAGAACACUGGGGACCACCACAAAAAUGCCAUAUACUAAGCUUAGGAGACAAGUUUCCUUCUGCUAUAAUUUAGAACUCCCAAGCUCCAGCUUUAGAGGUAAAAGGCCACAACACCACCAUGGCUAUCUCUGGAAAGAUUCAGAACCUGAACAUUGCAACCCCCAGCACUCUCUGACCAGAUUUCUCCUGUGGCAGCCCAGGUCUCUCCAACACACAAUGAGGAUACAGAAGUACAGAGCCCCUCUCAGAAAACUACCUCCAUCCUGCCACAUUCCAGACUCAAGUUGGGGUUCCCGCCAACACCACAUCCUGACAUCAUAACCUGACCUUGGUCACUGCAAUUGCUGACUUCUUCCAGGGUCACCUCAAACCCCUCCAGACAGCUACUAAACUCCCAAGAUUCACAAGAGGCCAACUUCUUUCCAUUCAUAGUCAACCAGAAGUAUAGACAACACCAACCUAUCCUGAGAAGGCAAGAACCAGUGACUGUGCCACCUUUCUUUCAGCAAAGAAGUAUCUCUAGCAGUAUCCUGGACCUCAGAGAAGGGAAGCCUCUACAUACCCACUUCCCAACCUCUCAAACAGAGCUUUCUCCUUUGACAACCUCUUCCUCUGUGAUGAUGAACCAACCCUUCUCUCACUGCCACUUUGCAUCUUCGAAUGGAGCCCCCAAACUCCACAGCUAAAUAGCUUUCUACUCCUUCCUGUUGUGAACCUAGCUUCCAGGGGCCUUCUGGGGCAACAUAAUCCCAGGGCUUUAACAGAAGACUGAACAGUCAAACCGUCUACCUACCUUAUUGGACUUUUCCUCAUACACUGAUAUCUAAAAUCAGUCUAGACUCAUUUGUCAAUGGUUUGACAAUUCCAACACCAUUUACUCUCCUCAUUCAAUAUUAGCCUGAACUUGGACUAGACAUGAAUAAAUCCUGUUCUUGAGA